AUGGACACCGACGGAUGCGCCAUCGACGGCAAUGGGGAUUUAUACGGCCUUGGCGUGCGCAUCGGCGUCUACUGCCAAUGGGUCUCGUCCUGGAUCCGCAUGCUGGUGGACGAGGAGAGCAUCGAGGAUGUCCACGGAGUCAACGCCAUCUUCGUCUUCGCGAUCAUCAUCGCAACGAUCUUGGCACAAGUCCAUCGCGAUGUGAAGCCGAUAGAGCUGUACAUCAUGUUGCAAAUUUCUCUUGGCUUUUUCAUCACGGUGCUCAGCACGAUCGGAGUCCGGAACCACUUCUUGCGACCGAAACGCGUCAAGCUCAUCUGGCACCACUACCAAAAGGUCGUCGAGAAGCGUAGACAGAAUGCGGAGCUCGGAGAGAAGAUUUGGAGUCGCCAUCGGUUCAAGCAAAUCUUCAAAGAGGAGCGAGAGGGGAAUAAUGUUGUCAAGGCAUUUUACCAGUCCUUGUUUAGGAUGGGCCGCGAAUACCUCGAAGAUGCCGCCGCGAGACAGUAUCUUUCCAACCCGAGUUUCGAGGUCCCCAUUGAGUAUCUGACUCCUUUCAAGCCUCGCAACAUUUCAUGGGUUGGGGUUGUAUGGAGGACGGCCAUUCUCGGCGUCGUGGCGGGCUUUAAUGUCUAUUUCUGGUUCUACAUCGCAAACCAACCCACCGCUGAUGAUGGCUGCGGAGCCCCGUUUCUUUUCCUCUUCUCGAUGCAACGCAUUAAAAAGCUUGUGUUGAUUCUUUCGCAAGUCGUCGCUAUCAUAGUUGUCAUUGUGGUUUUGCCUUUGUGUCUGUUCCUAGUAUCAGCGGCGGCUUUCCUGGUCACUCUCUUGAGCUUCUGCGCCUUGCGAGACGUGGUUUACUUUGCUAUUCCCAGCUCGACCAGACUUACGAAAAGUCUGCGAACAAAACUCCUCCCGUUUCUGGAGCGGGUGGAAUAUUACUUGAGGGUCGGGGAGUUCAUUCUCAAGCGGACACCUAGCUUCAGAGUGUUCGUGUCUGUUAUCUGGUUGUUCAUUUUGUCUGUCCAGCUUCUGUCCUUCUUCACGAAGCUGUCAGAUCCUCAGAGUGUGAGCAUUCAUGAUUCAGUUAGGGCGGCUAUAUCGCUUUUCACGCCGAAGCAGUAUGAUGACCGUGGAGAGGCCGACUCUCCAAUCUUGGCCGGAUGCGAGACCUAUGGGGAACACCAACUUGGCAACUCCAUCUGCUUCUAUCUCAGUGUCACGUGGAACGUCAUGGUCUUCCUCAGCAUUUUAUGGUUCAUCCUAUCGAUUGAGCUUACAUUGGGAUGGAAUCAUGUUCAAGACAUCAACGAGAUCAAGACAACGGGACAACUAAUCCCCUUCAUCAUUGGAUGCGUCAGUACCUGCCAGGUAUUGAAGCAGGUCACGCUGAUCGGGCUGCGAAAGAUGUUCCCGGAUUGGGCAAAUUACGAGUUGGACGCUGCAUACACUGCAAGGGGCGGCAUCAAGUUCCACAUCAACCAUAGUCCACGUGACGACGAGGGGAUUUCGACGAGCUCAGAGACGCGCGUGGCUACGGGCAUCGCCUUCAGGGAUGUGGGGUCUGUUGAGUCGGGCCAGAAGCCGUGA